UCAAAAAAUACCGAGUAAUGUUGUGUUUAUGUUUGUAGCACGUGCAGUUUAUUUUUAUUUGCAUUAUUUAUAUUUAUAUUGCUCUGCAUUCUCAACAAAAUGAAGCCAAAUACGCAAAAGGGAAAUGCCCCUCGAAAACCCCCACAAAAGAAUGGCAACAGGACACAAAACAAUAACCAGAAUUUCAAGCAAAAAUUCAAGCCCAAACAAAACCAGCAGAAAUCGCAGGAUAAACCCAAUAAACCGCAAAUUCGUCAAAUGAUACGUCAACAAAAUGCGGCCAAAGCCGAAGCUGAACGUCAGAGAAUAAAAGCAGAAAAGGAUGCACGCAUUAAGGAGUACAAAAAGCAACGUUUGGAGAAAACAAAGGCCAUCAGCAAACGCACCCAAAAGGGUCAGCCACUGAUGAAGGAUCGAAUGCAGUUGCUCCUCAAGCAAAUUGAAGAAAUGAAGGGACGUUAAAUGGAAGAGAAUUAGGACAAAUAUUAGAUAAUAGCAUAAAGUUUGUUAUUAACUUUAACACAAGAUUAACAAUAAGUUGUAUAGCUUAGCCUUUAAGCUAAUAUUUUUUAUUUAUUGUAAUGUAAAAAAUAAACCGAGACUCGAUUUAAAA